AUGGCCGUCUUCCAUCUAUUCAGCCAACUGCCCCCCGAGUUGCGAAUUUGCAUCUGGGAACUCGCCAUGGCGACCCCCCGCCUGGUUGAUCUGCCCGCGCCGGAGCCUCCUGGUUGUAACACCAUCCUCCAGCCCCACACGAAGAUCGGUGACCUCUGGUACCAGCAGGCGCCGGCCUUCUUCUUCGUGAACUGGGAGAGUCGCGUGGAAGCGCUCCGAGUAUGCAAUAUUCGGUUUACAUCGACACCUAGUAACCACGCCAAUGGCAAAGUCCGCCAUAUCAUCAUGGCAUCCCAUGAUAUUCUGAAGGUCGAGCAUACCGAGAUGCAGACAUUCUCAGGCGACUCGAAUCUCGUUCGCAACAUCAUGAGUGGGAACAGGUCCGGCAAAUACACCAUAGCAGCUAUAGUCUGUUAG